AUGGACAAUUACAGUUGCAAACGUUGCGGCAAUUUAGUGACACGAGGUGAGGAUCACACUUGCUUCCGUCACAAGAAAUUUGACUAUAGGUAUUCACUACAACGGCCAGUAGAAUCGGAUGAAAACCAUGAUGAAGUAAAAGACAAAUCUACAGAAAAUUCGAAUGAGGAUAAACAAAGGACUUCUUCUGAUAGUUCAUAUUUUAAUCCUCUUUCAGAUGUUCAGGGGAUUGAAAUCCAAACUAAUGAAAUUGCAUAUUUUACUGCUUCUUCAGAAAAUGUUGAAUCCAGUUACAGACCUGUCCAGUCUUUGAAAAAGGAUAAAAAGGAUUUUAUGGAUGUUAUAGAAUAUGCUACCAGAAAUGAUCUUUCAGAUAUUAAUAAUAAUGUUUCUGGAACUGCGAAUUCAACUGAGAAUCCUGAUCUGCCACCAGGAGAUAACGAGCCGAAAAAUGGCAAAAUGCAAGUGUCAGAAUCUGUAAAUGAUGAACAUAUUUCAUCCGAAGUGCACUCUCAGGUUCACAGUAAGAAAACGAAAGUGACUACCUACGUGAAGGAACCUCAUUCUACCAAAAAAGAUGACAAUGCUGUGGCUGGACCUUCCGGAGUCCGUUCUUAUAUUCGGGAAAUUGACGUUCAACCGGAAGAAAAUGCAUCUUUAAUGGUUUCUUCAGAAAAUGCUGAGUCUUGUUUCAGACUUGAAAAUGAUUUUCCUGCAGCUUAUAACUUUUCACCAGCUGUCAUAGAAUCAACUGGUGUUGACGAGGAAAGGCAAAGAAUAUCAGGUAUAACCGAUCUAAUAUAUGCGACAGGUAGUGAAAAAGAUGAGAUGUCAUGUCAAGAGAACAAAUGGCUGUCUCUGAAUAACGAUAACAAAUAUUUUAUGGAUUCUUUAGAAUGUGCUAUUAGAAGAGGGCAUUCAGAUAGAAGCAAUAUCUCUGAACCAAGAAAACUGAUUGUGAAUCCUGAUUUCCUACCAGAAAGAAAUGAACCAGAAAAUGGCAAGAUACCUGUCUCGGAGUAUGUAACUGAUGAACAUACUUCACUUGAAAUACACUCAAAUGUUUACAGUAAGAGCGAGAACAUAACUGUCAACUGGAAGGAGCAUAUUUCUUCUAAAACAUAUAACAAUGCUGUGGCUGGACCUUCAGGGAUGUGCCCUCUGAAGAAGAAAUUUCCUUGCACAUUAUGUCCAAAGGAAUUAAAUGAAAAAUGUAAUCUCUACGUUCAUUAUCGAACACAUACAGGCCAAAAGCCUUUUAUAAAGAAGUUGACGACUUCUGCAGAGAGCUCCAGCAAUACACAACUAAAGAAGCCUUUUGAUACUUCAUAUUGUAAUCCCAAUCCAAAUGUUAAGCCAAUUGUCGUCCAAAGUAAAGGAAAUGUAUCGUUCACGGCUUCCUCAACCGUUGAAUCUCGUUACAGACCUGAAAAUGGCCAUCGCGAAGGUUAUGAAAAAAAAGAUAAUUGUCAAAAAAUCAAAUGGUGA